AUGCCACCACAGCCCGCUGCACCACACGCUGUCAGCACCGUCUGCGUCCGACGUCACCACACGCCGCUGGACUCUACGCUGUCAGCACGCCCGGGUCUGACUUCACCACAGUCCGCUGCACUCCACACAGUGAGCACCGCCCGCGUCCGACGUCACCACAGCCCGCUGGACUCCACGCUGUCAGCACCGUCCGUGUCCGACGUCACCGCAGCUUGCUGGACUCCACCCUGUCAGCGCCGUCGGUGUCCGACGUCACCACAGCCCGCCGCACUCCACGCUGUGAGCACCGUCCGCGUCCGACGUCUUCACAGACCACAGGACUCCACACUGUCAGCACCGUCCGCGUCCGACGUCACCACAGCCAGCUGCACUCCAUGCUGCCAUCACCGUCCGCGUCCGACAUCACCACAGCCCGCUGCAUUCCACGCUGUGAGCACCGUCGGUGACAGACGUCACCUCAGCGCGCUGCUCUCCACGCUGUGUGCACCGUCCACGUCCGACGUCACCACAGCCCGCUGGACUCCACUCUGUCAGCUCCGUCCGUGUCCGACGUCACCGCAGCUUGCUAGACUCCACCCUCUCAGUGCCGCCUGUGUCCGACGUCACCACAGCCUGCUGCACUCCACGGUGGCAGCGUCGUCCGUGUCCGUCGUCACCACAGCCCGUUGGACUCCACGCUGUCUGCACCGUCCGCGUCCGGCGUCACCACAGAACGCUGCACUCCACGCUGUGAGCACCGUCCGCGUCCGACGUCACCGCAGCUUGCUGGACUCCACCCUGUCAGCACCGUCCGUGUCCGACGUCACCGCAGCUUGCUGGACUCCACCCAGUCAGUGCCGCCUGUGUCCGACGUCACCACAGCCCGCUGCACUCCACGCUGUCAGCACCGACCGUGUCCGACGUCUCCAGAGCUUUCUGUACUCCACCCUCCCGCUGCACACAACGCUGUCAGCACCAUCCGCGUCCGACGUCACCGCAGCCCGCUGCACUCCACGCUGUCAGCACCGACCGUGUCCGACAUCUCCACAGCUCUCUGUACUCCACCCUGUCAGUGCCGUCUGCGUCCGACGUCACCACAGACCGCUGCACUCCACGCUGUCAUCACUGACCGCGUCCAACACACCACCGCCCACUGGACUCCACACUGUCAGCACCGUCCGCGUCCGAAGUCAGCACAUGCCGCUGCACUCCAUGCUCACCGUCCGUGUCCGACGUCACCACAGCCGGCUGCACUCCACCCUGUCAGUGCCGUCUGUGUCUGACGUCACCACAGCUCGCUGCACUCCACGCUGCCAGCACCGUCCGCGUCCAACACACCACAGCCCACCGGACUCCACACUGUCAGCACCAUCCGCGUCCGACGUCAGCACAUGCCGCUGCACUCAACUCUGUGAGCACCGUCCGCGUCCAACAUCACCACAGCCCCCUGGACUCCAUGCUCCCGCUGGACUCCACGCUGUCAGCACCGUCCGCGUCCGACGUCACGACAGCCUGCUGGACUCGACACUGUCAGCACCGUUCGUUUCCGACGUCACCACAGCCCACUGGACUUUAUACUGUCAGCACCGUCUGCGUCCGCCGUCACCAAAGCCCACUGCACUCCACGCUGUCAGCGCCGUCCGUGUCCGACGUCACCACAGCCCGCUGCUCUUUACGCUGUGUGCACCGUCCGCGUCCGACGUCACCACAGCCCGCUUCACUCCACGCUGUCAGCACCGUCCAUGUCCGAAGUCACCACAGCCUGCUGGACUCCACGCUGUCAGCAGCGUCCGUGUCCGACGUCACCACAGCCCGCUGCACUCCACGCUGUCAGCGCCGUCCGUAUCCGACGUCACCACAGCCCGCUGCUCUUUACGCUGUGUGCACCGUCCGCGUCCGACGUCACCACAGCCCGCUGGACUCCAAUCUGUCACCAACGUCCGCAUCCGACGUCAACACAGCCCACUGGACUCCACGCUGUCAGCACCGUCCACGUCCGACGUCACCACAGACCGCUGCACUCCACGCUGUCAGCGCCGUCCGUAUCCGACGUCACCACAGCCCGCUGGACUCCACGCUGUCAGCACCGUCCGUGUCCGACGUCACCACAGCCCACUGGACUCCACGCCGUCAGCACCGUCCGCGUCCGACGUCACCACAGCCCGCUGGACACCACGCUGUCAGCACCGUCGGCGUCCGAUGUCUUCACAGCCCACAGGACUCCACACUGUCAGCACCGUCCGCGUCCGACGUCACCACAGCCAGCUGCACUCCAUGCUGCCAUCACCGUCCGCGUCCAACUUCACCACAGCACGCUGCACUCCACGCUGUGAGCAUCGCCCGCGUCCGACGUCACCACAGCCCGCCGCACUACACGCUGUCAGCACCGUCCGUGUCCGACGCCACCACAGCACGGUGCACUCCACGCUGUCAGCACCAUCCGUGUCCGACGUCACCACAGCCUGCUACGCUCCACGCUGUCAGUGCCGGCUGUGUCCGGCGUCAUCCCCGCCCGCUGCAAUCCUCGCUCAGUCCACACUUUGUAGCAUCGUCCAUGUCCGACGUCACCACAGCCCGCUGCACUCCACACUGUCAGCACUGUCCGCGUCCGACGUCUUCACAGCCCACAGGACUCCACAUUGUCAGCACCGCCCUCGUCCGACGUCACCACUGCCCGCUGGACUCCACACUGUCAGCACCGACCGUGUCCGACGUCUCCACAGCUUGCUGUACUCCACUCUAUCAGUGCCGUCUGUGUCCGACGUCACCACAGCCCGCUGUGCUCCACGCAGUCAGCACCGUCCGGGUCUGACAUCACCACAGCCCGCUGCAUUCCACGCUGUCAGCACCGUCUGUGUCCAAAGUCACCACAGCCUGCUGGACUCCACGCUGUCAGCAGCGUCCGUGUCCGACGUCACCACAGCCCGCUGCACCCCAUGA